AUGCUGAAUUUUGGGGUAAUGGUGAAGAAGUACCCAGGGAUGAGUGAAGAGCAAAACCGCGAGAUUGCUAAAGCUUAUGUCAAACAAUCACAAGACGCUUUUGCGGAAGACGUGGCUAUUUGGGAUAACAAGGUUCGUAUCGACAACCCGAUAUUAUGUGAGGGUGAUGGUCCCGUUUAUCAGUUGCGCCAGUGGUAUCAACAGUUUUACGUAGAUCGAGCCAAAGUUGAUCCUGCUUUAGCCGACAAAAUGGUGUUCCAACACACCUAUACUGAAACAGACUUAAAACCAAACUUGGACCACGUGGACGUUUAA